CGGAGUAAUACAAUAAAGGCCAAAUAUUAUCGGUUGUUCAUGAGAGAUAUCGUAUCGAUGGUUAUCGUUAAUUAUAAUUGAGGAAAAUGUUAAGUAUCAAUCAGUCGCAUCUAGAGCAUUUAUCUAGUACACUCUGCAAGAUACACACGCGUUUUCUGUUUUAUAAUUAAAAAGAUAACAAGUUAUGAUCGUGCUAAAUGUUCUGUUGCUUAUUUUGUGUUCGAUUUAUCCCCUCGUGAAGGGAAUAGGUUUUCGUGGAUUCACUUUUCAAGGUUUGGAGGAGCCGGAGUCAUUAAAAAAAGAUGCAGGCAAAGAUAUAAUCGAGGGUUGGAUCACCCAACCUCUGGAUCAUUUUAAUUAUCGAGACAAUCGUACCUGGUCAAUGCGUUACCAAGAAAAUUCUGCAUUUCUGAAGAAAAAUAGUUCUAUUCUAAUUAUGAUCGGUGGAGAAUGGGAGAUAUCGAAUGGGUUUCUGCAAGGUGGAUUAAUGUACGAGAUCGGAUCGAAAUACAAUGCAUUGAUGUAUUACACCGAGCAUCGAUAUUACGGAAAGAGCAAGCCUACAAAAGACACCAGUACAGAGAACUUGCAAUAUUUAAAUGUCGACCAGGCACUCGCCGAUCUCGCUUAUUUUAUCGAAACGAAAAAGAAAGAGAAGAAUUUAGAAAAUAGUACUGUAAUAGUAUUCGGCGGUUCUUAUGCUGGAAAUAUGGCGGCAUGGGCACGACUUAAAUAUCCUCAUCUUAUCCAGGGUGCUUUGGCCAGUAGUGCUCCAGUUUAUGCGAAAGCUGAUUUCUAUGAAUACUAUGAAGUCGUGACGAAAUCACUUGGUAAAUAUAAUGAAAAGUGUGUUGAGGACGUAAAGAUAGCAUUUGACUCAAUAGAAGAAUUGUUAACCGCAGAAGGUGGUCCGGACAAGCUUAAACUUUAUUUCAAUUUAUGCAACGUGCCUAAUGUAAAAUCUUCUAGUGAUCUUGGUUACUUAAUGAACACGCUGGCAGAGGUGUUCGCCGCAACCGUUCAAUAUGAUAAUAUCGAGAAUGGUCAAACGAAAAUCGCGGCAUUGUGCAAUAUAAUGACAGCGGCGCAUUUAGGCAGUCCUUUGCAAAGACUCGCGCAUAUUGUUUCGAAACCGGACAUGUGUAUCGAAAAUUAUAAUAGUUUUAUAGAAAAAUAUCGAAAUAUUUCGUGGGACUCGGCAGCAGCUCAGGAUAUCAUGAGGCAAUGGUAUCAUCAAACUUGUUCGGAAUACGGUUACUAUCAGACGACAAGUGCAAAUAAUUCAAUCUUUGGGACACUAUUCCCGUUAAAUUAUUAUAUUGAUAUGUGUACAGAUUUAUAUGGCGACUACUCCAAUGAUAAGAUAUUAAAUUCACGAGUUAGAAGGACAAAUAUAAUGUACGGAGGGCAAUUACCUGAUAUAACAAACGUCAUUUUCACGAAUGGCGAUGUCGAUCCGUGGCAUCCGUUAUCGGUAUUAAAAGAUUUAAAUGCUUUCUCUCCUGCUAUCGUUAUUAAAGGAUCUUCACAUUGUCGCGAUAUUUAUAGCGACGUAGAUACAGACUUGGAAGAUUUGAAGAAGGCCAGAGCGAGGAUUCGUGACAUAAUUAGCAAAUGGAUUUCUUUAUAAAAUUCUCAUCAAAUUUUCUGCGAAUAAAUCUGUAGAUUGCGAUUUUUCAGAGUGAAUAAUGGAAUUAUAUUUAUUUUUUUUUACAUUGUGGUUAACAAAAAUUAUAUACAAUAUCUGAUAAAAUCUAUUAUAGUGCGGUUCUAAAUGAUAUGCACACACAUCAGUGAUAUCUCUAUAUCUCUACAUAGUACAAAAAUAAAAUUAUCCUCUUAAUACCGGAGUAUUAAUAUAAAAUUAUAAU